CGCCUUCCUCCGUCCGCAGCCAAGGUUUCUAGGGUUUUCUCCUGCUCGCCGGCGCCGCCACCUCCACCUCCGGCCGCACCAUGACGGCCGCCGAGCUCGAGAAGCAGGAGGAGCAGCUCCGCGCCCAGAUCGAGGAGCAGAAGCUCGAUGGGGGAGAUGAGCCAGUCGUUGAGGAUGACGACGACGAUGAAGAUGAUGAUGACGAGGAGGAUGACAAAGAUGACGAUGAUGUAGAGGGAGGUGAUGCCACCGGAAGAUCUAAGCAGAGUCGUAGUGAGAAAAAGAGCAGGAAGGCCAUGCUGAAGCUUGGCAUGAAGGCUGUCAUCGGUGUCAGCCGUGUUACUGUGAAGAAAAGCAAGAAUGUCCUUUUCGUCAUCUCCAAACCGGAUGUCUUCAAGAGCCCUACAUCAGACACCUAUGUCAUUUUUGGUGAGGCCAAGAUUGAGGAUCUGAGCUCACAGCUGCAGACCCAGGCUGCGGAGCAAUUCAAGGCGCCUGAUCUGAGCAGCAUGCUCUCGAAGCCUGAGGCUUCCACAGCAGCGCAGGAUGACGAUGAGGCCAUCGAUGAGACUGGCGUUGAGCCAAAGGACAUCGAGCUUGUGAUGACCCAGGCCACUGUGUCCAGGUCCAAGGCGGUGAAGGCACUCAAGGCUGCCGAUGGCGACAUAGUCACAGCCAUCAUGGAACUCACAAACUAGCGAGCUUCCCAUUCGAUCGUUUGAUCUCACUUAUGAUCUACCUCAUCUGAAUGGGGGAUAUAUAUAUGUUGAGAUGUCUGCUGUCAGUUUUUUCAUGCCAUUGUUCUAAGCAGUCUUGGACGAUGUAAGGAUACUUUGAGUGGUCUUGAGAGUAGGUGGGGUUUCCUUUUCAUCUGCAUUUCUACUAGAGUAAGUUUGUUGGCCUUCUAUUCUGGAACGGCGGAACAAAGAGAAUAGCUAUAAAAAUUGAA